UCUUGGAGGUUAGUGAGUAUGUUCUGGUGAUUAAGCUUUGGAUUUUUGAAAAAAAGUAAGAAAUUUCUGUUUAAGAAAGAAAAACAACGACAUGGCCAUGUUAAAAUUAUGCAAAUUAGUAAACCCUCCUGUCUUAAAAUCUCUCAUUCCUCUAAGCCCGUUUUCGACAACUACGACAAAAUUUUACGUCGAUAAGAAAGAAUCUGGCUGCAGCUCAGGUUCGCACGCCAGACCUGGAUCUAAAUUUACAGCUAAAAGCACAAGUGUCCAACGUCAAAAUUAUCAUCCAGAAUGUGAAAAAGCAGUCAACAACCAAGUAAAUAUGGAGCUAUAUGCCAGCUACGUGUAUCUGUCAAUGGCCACACACUUCGAUCGGGAUGACGUAGCUUUGCCCGGUUUCCGAAAGUUCUUUCAUGCAGCGCAUUUGGAGGAGAUUGAGCAUGCCACGAUGUUGUUAGAUUUUCAAAACAUGCGUGGUGGCAGGGCUGAGUUUUUCGACGUUUUAAAACCGAAAGUAGAAAAAUGGGGUGACACUAAAUCCAUGGUAUUAGCUGCACUCCAAUUGGAGAUGGAAGUAAAUCAGUCACUGCUAGAUCUGAGCGGACUUGCUACGAAACACAACGAUAUCAACAUGACCGACUUUUUGGAUGACUUCUUGAUGGAGCAAGUAAGGGGUCAGAAAAUGCUGGCUGACAUGCUGAAGAACGUCUCCCGAGUAGAGGAAGGUUUGGGAAUUUACGAAUUGGACCAACGACUGCUGAAAAAUCCACAAGCUUAUGCGCUCGUGACUUCGCAUGAAAUUAAUAAAAGUUAAACGAUGUGUGAUGGCAUGACGAAAUACAGAACAUGUUUACUCUUCAUUCGUAAUGAACUUCAGCAGAUAAUUUUCCCACAUCUCAGCAUGAAUCUUGAUGUACAAUCUCGUAAAGUAUAUGCACUGCAGGAAUAGACCAUGGUUUUUUUCGUACUAUACCCCUUUCUUUUUUUCUAACAUCUGAAAUUUUUUUUCUGGUGGGAUGUAAUAUGAAAAAACCAGUGCUAAUAAUUAUAAAACUUGAAUUACUCGUGAACAAUUACCUCGAAAAUCUAUCGCGAGAACCUAUAUUCUUUUCUAGGCAGUAUGAAAUUUCCCGAUGAAAAUUUUGUGGAGGCACUUGUCGCGACGUCUUCCAGAAAAUUCAGAGCUUGCAAUGCAUUCAA